AUGAACCCAGAAUACGAUUACCUUUUCAAGCUCCUCCUCAUCGGAGACUCCGGUGUUGGAAAGUCCUGCUUGCUUCUGCGAUUUGCCGAUGACACAUAUACUGAGAGCUACAUUUCCACUAUCGGCGUUGACUUUAAAAUCCGAACCAUCGAGCUGGACGGAAAGACGGUUAAGCUUCAGAUUUGGGACACCGCUGGUCAAGAGCGAUUCCGAACCAUCACCUCGUCCUACUACCGUGGCGCUCAUGGUAUCUGCGUCGUUUAUGAUGUAACGGAUAUGGAUUCUUUCAACAAUGUCAAGCAGUGGCUGCAGGAGAUUGACCGCUACGCUACGGAAGGUGUUAACAAGCUACUGGUGGGCAACAAGAGCGAUAUGACGGACAAGAAAGUUGUUGAGUAUACUGCUGCCAAGGAAUUUGCCGAUAGCCUCGGAAUUCCCUUCCUCGAGACAUCAGCAAAGAACGCAACGAAUGUCGAGCAAGCCUUCUUGACUAUGGCCAGGCAGAUCAAGGAGCGGAUGGGUACCACGACCGUCAACAACAAGCCUACCGUCCAGGUCGGACAAGGCCAGGGUGUGCAGUCAGGUUCAGCUGGUGGAUGCUGCUAA